UCAUCUUGAUUGCAAAAGCUGUUGAACGUCAAUGUCCCAGUCUACGUCAAGUUUGCGUAAGCCAAUGUCGAAGUUGUUCGAAAAAAAGAAAUGUAUCUUUACACUUUACCCCGUGAUUAAUACGUCGUUACGUUCCGUAUCAGAUAAAUCGUCGUAGGGCUUGCACGGUACUUACGAUAUUCGUAAUAACCUCUAAGUCUGGCCAACCAUUCUCGAAGUGCACUGGAUAUAAGGCAACAAGAAUAAUAUUAAGCGUUACAGGUGUUUAAAAUUCAGCGUAAACGCGAAUUGGCUGCAAGAAAUCCUUUCAAGAUGAAGAAGAAGGUUUUGCUAAUGGGCAAGAGUGGCUCCGGGAAAACGAGUAUGCGCAGCAUCAUAUUUGCUAACUACAUUGCUCGUGACACUCGGCGUUUAGGAGCUACAAUUGACGUUGAACACAGCCAUGUACGUUUCCUCGGUAAUUUGGUGCUCAAUCUUUGGGACUGCGGUGGACAGGAGGCCUUUAUGGAGAACUACUUUGCAUCGCAGCGUGAUAACAUUUUUAGAAACUGCGAGGUGCUCAUUUAUGUCUUCGACGUCGAGUCGAGAGAACUGGACAAGGACAUGCAUUACUAUCAAAGCUGCCUUGAAGCAAUUUUGCAAAAUAGCCCCGAUGCUAAAAUCUUUUGCCUUGUCCACAAAAUGGAUUUGGUACAAGAGGACCAGAGAGAUUUGAUAUUCAGAGAGAGAGAAGAAGAUCUUAAAAGACUGAGUCGGCCAUUGGAAUGCACUUGCUUUAGAACUAGCAUAUGGGAUGAAACUUUAUACAGAGCAUGGUCAUCAAUCGUGUACAUGUUGAUUCCAAAUGUAAAAGAGCUUGAACAAAGUUUGAAUCAGUUUGCAAAUAUCAUUGAUGCGGAUGAAGUUUUGUUAUUUGAACGUGCCACUUUUCUGGUAAUUAGCCACUGUCAGAGGCGAUUCCAUAGAGAUGUGCAUCGCUUCGAGAAGGUUUCAAAUAUAAUUAAACAGUUCAAGCUAAGUUGUAGCAAACUAGCGGCUCAGUUCCAAAGUAUGGAGGUCCGAAAUACAAAUUUUGCAGCUUUCAUCGAUGUCUUUACGUCAAACACUUAUGUCAUGGUCGUCAUGUCGGAUCCUGCGAUUCCAUCGGCAGCCACUCUGAUCAACAUCCGUAACGCCCGGAAACACUUUGAGAAACUGGAACGAGCCAGUCAGAGCUCGGCGUUGAGCAGAUAGAAGUCAGCACGACCCAGGCGCGUCGUCACCCGGGUCCAAUCUGCCAACCGUUGCUAGAUGUGCAAGAACGCCGGUCUACAAAAGGAGUGUCGAACACCCCGAUCGUGGGGUCGGACCAAUUGGUCGUAACCGUUAACCUUCGCAUACACGACGAGGAAGAGACUAGAUCUUCUCGGAGGCGCGUGCCUCGCGUCCCCGGAAGUACGUAGUCCUAAGUACGAGCAUCCGUGACAAUUGUGCUGCCAACUCGGACGGCUGCGGAAAGCGUUUGAGUGUCCCGAUUCUGGGACUGCAUCGGAGACGGUUCCGGGAAGGAGGUAUGUCAGGUGCACAAAAAGCGGAUUCCCCUGUCCAAAGAUCUCAAGGAAGGAGACGACGGUCCGAAGCGUCCGAUCUAGAUUCGCUCUUGGAGACUGAGCGAUACUCGAGAUUCCGGUGGUUGCACUCCUGCACGUUGAUCUCAAGUACGACCAUGUUUUAUGAACGCACGUUGGCUUAAUUUACACCGUGGCAAAGAAUUCAGAAGUCCCAUAGAAGCCCAGAUCUUAUGUUAGCGUUUGAUGCUCUAAAAGUUGGCUAACAAAC